CGCCUCAACCCUGCGGGGGCGCCUGCUCUACGGUCAUUGUUUCCGAUGAUGCUUGCAGUGUAAACGCAACGAGACACCAUGCCUAUAUUGGGCACUGAGCGCUCGUUGCCGGUUAUACGAAAGGAUAAUUCAUUCUUUCGACAACUGUAUGGAAUCAAGCCGCAGAAACGGUUCUUGUUCACAGGACCUAACGAUUCUGGGCCCCGAGUCAAACCCAACAGAACCCUUAUCCAUCCAACCACCCAAGAGGCGAAGAAAAGCGCCUUGGCUCGUGAUAAUUAUCGAUGUAUCUUGUCUGGCACCAUGGACAAGAAGUCAUACUUCGAUGUGCCCACAUCUUCCCUGAGUCUACCAACGUCCAAUCAAGAUAUUUUCAUCCUAUUCCGUUAUUCCGUCAAACUUACUCUUGUAUCGAGGAAGACUACGCUGCGAAUGCAUGGACUAUCAUCGAGCGAGCGCUUUGGAUUCCCAAACAUCCUCCAGGACCUUCGAGGCGAAAAAAUCCACCGGUUGGAAAACAUCUUGACCCUUGAAUAUAAUCUUCAUCUUCAUUUUGACGAUCUCACUCUAUGGUUGGAGCCCACAUCCGCACAACGAGGGAGGAGCUUGUUCAAAGUGCUGCCUCGAGCUGUUGAUUUCACAUCUAUCCAAAAGUCACUUUUCACUACCGGCGUCGAAAGAGGACAUCCCCCAUGCUGCCAUCUGUCUGGCGCCGCAGAGUAUCUCAACCUCGUAGAGGAUGAUAAUCCUUUCAAGGCCAAGAUACGAGGCUACGACCCCGUAGGUUCGGAUUUUGGGGAUGCCUUGGUGGCAUGGUUGUAUGAAGUGAGCGAGAUUCUUAGUGCUUGA